AAUUCUGAAAGAAGCUGGCUGGAUUUCAAGGAUGGAGGACAAAAGCGAAGUCAUGAACCAACCUGCAUAAUCACUGAUUAGUGAUAAUUUUCAACCAAAACUCAAACUUUUGGUUGCAACUUGAAGAAUUAUUAAUGCUACAAUAAGAUCCAAGGGGGCCCCACUGAUCGAUCGAGCCUUCUUCCUGCUUGGAGGACCUUUGCGAUAUAUAGCUUUCCUACAUGUCCAGUCCAGUGUUGCCAGACACUUGCUCCAUAGAUACAAUAUUCCAUUUCACACGCUUUUUAAGGGCGAUUCUUUGUCUCUGACAAUACCCAGAAACGGACGUGGAGAUGUUUGGAUGCAAGUGUUUCCAUCGGAAGAGAAUCGACAAUUGUUUGCCAUCUGAACCUGACUCUUUCUCUCUUCCUGCUCCUCUCCCGGAUUGGCCUUCAGGCCAAGGAUUUGCUUCUGGAAGGAUAAAUCUUGGGGAAAUUGAAGUUGUUAGGGUCUCCAGGUUUGAGUUGAUUUGGACCUGCAAUCUUUCACAGGACAAGAAGACAGGUGUUUCAUUCUACAAACCCGUGGGAGUGCGUGAUGGAUUUUAUAGCCUCGGUCACUUCUGCCAAUUUAACAAUAAGCCCUUUAGAGGUUUUCUCCUUGUGGCUAGGGAGGUUGCUUUUGCUGAGACCCAAGGAGCUAAUUUUGGCAGGCCUGUCAAUUCUCCUGCUCUUCAAAAGCCCCUUGAUUAUACAUUAAUCUGGAGUUCAUAUGAUGGAAGCGAGGAAAACUAUGAUGGAUGUGGUUUCUUCUGGCUACCUCAGCCUCCUCGAGGUUAUAAACCUUUGGGCUUUCUAGUUACUGAGAAACCAGAGAAGCCAGAUGCGGAUGAAGUGAGGUGUGUUAGAGAAGACCUGACAGAUGAAUGUCAAGCUUAUCGCCCAAUUCUUACUUCCUAUACAAAACUUUCAACUUUUCCAUUCCAAGUAUGGAGUACGAGACCCUGUCAUCGAGGAAUGCUGGGAAGAGGUGUUUCAGUUGGCACAUUUUUCUGCAGUAACCACUGGUCUUGUGGAGAGGAGCUCAGUAUUGCCUGCUUAAGGAAUACAAAUCCUGAAUUACAUAGCAUGCCAAAUCUUGAACAGAUCCAUGCACUCAUCAAUCACUAUGGGCCAAGAGUUUUCUUUCAUCCUGAUGAGAUCUAUUUACCGUCUUCUGUUUCAUGGUUUUUCAAAAAUGGAGCACUUUUGUAUAAAGCUGGUAACUUGACAGGUGAACCUAUUGAUAUUAGCGGCUCUAAUUUGCCUGUAGGCGGGACAAAUGAUAGGGCAUUUUGGAUAGACUUGCCCAACGAUGAUCGAAGAGAUACUGUUAAAUUGGGAAACUUGGAAAGUGCAAAACUAUAUGUUCAUGUGAAGCCUGCGCAUGGUGGGACAUUCACUGAUAUUGCAAUGUGGGUAUUUUGCCCUUUCAACGGACCAGCUACUCUUAAAGUUGGACCUGUAAAUGUUGCCCUUAGCAAGAUUGGGCAGCAUGUAUGCGACUGGGAGCAUUUCACUCUCCGCAUAUGCAACUUUAUUGGGGAGCUAUGGAGUCUGUAUUUCUCUCAGCACAGUGGUGGUGAAUGGGUUGAAGCUUAUGACUUGGAGUACAUAGAGGAAAAUAAACCUAUUGUAUAUUCAUCAAAAAGCGGACACGCAAGCUAUCCUCAUCCCGGAACCUACAUCCAGGGAUCUGCAAAACUUGGGAUCGGAAUAAGGAAUGAUGCAGCUCGUAGUAACUUGUACGUAGAUUCCAGCACCAAUUAUGAAAUCGUUGCAGCUGAGUAUAUACAAGGUAAUGCUUGCAUUGAGCCUAGUUGGUUACAAUAUAUGAGGGAGUGGGGUCCAAAAAUUGUAUACAAUUCAAAGAAUGAGCUAGACAGAAUCAUUAACUUUUUGCCUGUGAGGCUUAGAUUUUCUGCACAUAACAUAUUUUAUAAGCUUCCAUUGGAGCUUUAUGGGGAAGAAGGGCCUACUGGACCAAAGGAAAAGAAUAAUUGGGUGGGAGAUGAAAGAGGCUAGUUUCUACUGUGUAUCUCUUAUUCUUAGAAAAUCUUUGAAUCCCACUGCUUGUAGUAUUUGUAUACAUAUCUCAUUCUUGUAUAGGAAGUUUUUAAGAUAUCAGCGUUGAAAGUUCUUUCUUGAAGGGGAGGAAGAAGGCGAGUUCAACCAUGCGGUAGGAGUUCUGUUUCAACCAGUUGAAUUUCCAAUUACUUAGCUAAUUAGACGUGAGCCCCUUUCAACCUGUAGGACAUGGCCAACACUUUUACAGUUAGUUUAUAAAGGUAUACACAAACAAACAUUAGUAAAAGAUGUUUGAAUUCCACUUAUUCUGUUGGCAGAGCUGUUUUGCAAGCUCAUCUUGGCAGUUAUACUUUCAUCAAAGCACUCCUUAGUUUUCAU